CCGUGAUGUCACUUCCUGCCAGCUCCCCCUCCCCCCAUCACCCAGCGCUUCCUGCCUCGGCCCCACAGCCCCCCGCUCGGGGCACCGGGACCCCCCCCUGGCCCUACGGGGACCCCCUGAGACCCCUGACUCUCCAUAGUGGCCCCCAGCCCCACCGCCCUCACAAGGCCUGGGGAAGCCCCAGCCCCAGGACAAUUCACAGACGCCUCCCCGCAGCCCCAUAGGGCCUCCCCGGCCCCAUAGCAGUUUCUUGAGCCCCAUAUCGCACCCCCAGCCCCAUAGCAUCCCCCACCCCCGGCCCCAUAGGGAGCCCCUGAGAGGCGCCGUGGGGCGCGGGGGGCGGCGAUGUCCCGUGGGGCGGCCGAGGGGGCCCCCGCGCCCCCCGGCCCCCCCCCAGCGCCGCCCCCCGGGCGCCCCACGGUGUAUGUCCUGCUGGAGGGCCCCAGCGCCCCUGACACUCUCCGGCUGCUCAGCGUGAGCUCAGUGCUGCCUGAGUCCGGGAUCGUGGCUGACAUUGAGUGGGAGCCGCCUGGUGGGGGGACCCCCGGGGACACCCCCAGUGACCCCACCGGGGACCCCCCUGGAGACACCCCUGGCACCCCUGCCGAUGCCCCCGGCACCUUCUACUGCCUGAAGAGCCAGCCUCUGCCCCAGAGCACCGGGCCGGCCCCCUCAUCGGCCAUGGCAGCCCCUCCUGCUGCCCCCCCCUCCUCCCGGGUGCUGCUGCGGCAGCAGCUGAUGCGGGCGCAGGCACAGGAGCAGGAGCAGAGAGAGAGGAGGGGCCCCCCCGGUCCCCCCCCAGCCCCUGGCCCCUCGCCUGCCAUUGCCGUCGGCGCCCCACCGGCCCGGGCGCCCCCCCAUGUGCCUCCUGAGGUUCUCAAGGUGCAGACCCACCUGGAGAACCCCACGCGCUACCACCUGCGGGCGGCCCAGCGGCAGCAGGUCCGGCAGUACCUCACCUCCGCCCUGGGUCGUGGCCCCCCUGGCCCCCCCAGCCCGCCGGGGCCCCCCCCGGCCCCCCCUGCCCCCCACAGCCCCCUCGCCCUGCUCCACAUCGGCCCUGGCUCCGAGAAGGAGAUUGAUGACGUCAUCGAUGAGAUCAUCAGUCUGGAAUCCAGCUAUGAUGACCUGCUCAGCUUCGGUCCAGCCGAGGGUGGCCUCCAGCUCCCAAACACGCUGCCCGCCCCUGCACCCCUCCUGGAGGUGUUCAGCCCCCCACCGGGUGGCAGCAGUUCCUGCCCCGCCGAGCUGCCCCGCGUCAAGGCUGAGCUCUCCGAAACGGAGGCGAAGGCGCUGCUGAAGGAGCGGCAGAAGAAGGACAACCACAAUCUGAUCGAGCGGCGCCGACGGUUCAACAUCAACGACCGCAUCAAGGAAUUAGGGACCCUCAUUCCCAAAUCCAACGACCCGGAGAUGCGCUGGAACAAGGGCACUAUCCUGAAGGCCUCAGUGGAUUAUAUCCGCAAGCUGCAGAAGGAGACACAGCGUUCCCGUGAGCUUGAGCUGCACCAGCAGCGCCUGGAACAGGCGAACCGCAGCCUCCAGCUCCGUGUCCAGGAGCUGGAGCUGCAGGCACAGUUGCACGGGCUCCCCCUGAGCCCUCCAGCGGCUGAGGGGGGGUGCGAGGAGGCCCCCGGGGGGCCCCCCUUUCCCCCAGGGGGCCCCCCCACUCCCCAGUGUCUCCUGGACCUGGCACUGGCCGACGACCUACCCCCUGGGCUGGGCCUGCCCCUCGGCCUGGGGGGGGCUGAAGGGAGCUUGGAUGACAUUCUGAUGGAUGAUAGUGGGGGGCUGUCGCCCCUCGGCCCCCCAGGCGCCCUCCUUGCCUCCCCCGGCCCCUCCCGUGCCUCCAGCCCCCGCAGCAGCCUCAGCAUGGAGGACGAGUCCUGAGCGCUGCCCCUCUGAGGACCCUUGGGCGCCACCCUUUUAAGGACCCUCCCCGCCACAUGCCCCUUUGAGGGACCCCCUCACACCCCAGAGCCCCCCCCCCACCCCCAACACCCUAUUGCGUGUUUCAGGUGGGGGCCACAGGGUUCCAUCUGAAGGCCUUUAAAAGGGGCGAGCCCUUCUUAAAGGUGGCACUGACCUUUUCAGGUGUUGGCUCUGUGUUGCCCUUUUAAGGCGCCGUUUGGUGGGGCCCUUUAAAGUCCCUCGGCUGGGCAUGGCCCUUUUAAGGGGUUGGCCCCAAUUAGGUGUGGCCCUUUUAAGGUGUCUCCUCAGCCCCGCCCCAGGGGAAAGCCCCGCCCUUCAGGGAGAGCCGUCCCCGCCCCCGGCUGGCCCAGCCCCUUCCCAGCUCUCCCUCAACCAGCGGGCUCCUGGGGGCUGGGCCCUCAGGCACAAAGCCCCGCCCUCCCCGCUGUCACUCACACGCCCCGCCCACCGCAUUAACGCCUCCGUUCCGCCCUCGUUCAGAGGCCCCCCCCACCGGCCCCACUUAACAGGGGCCGCUCACCCCGAUUUUGUACGGAAAUUGUGGGAAAUAAACGUUUGUUACCGCGGA